AUGGGCACAGACGCCGAUCCGCUGGCCGCGUCCUCGGCCGGCGCGGAGGCGUCGGUGGCGGAGGGAUCUGCCCAGGCGGAAAAGGGGUCUGAGGGGGCUGGGGAUGCGGUCGUGGUGCAGUAUGUAGUGUUGAGGAGGGACCUGUGGGGCGAGAUGGGGUGGCCGCUGGGGAGUGUGGUUGCGCAGGCGUGCCACGCGUGCACGGCUGCGGUGUGGGGGGCGCGGGAGGAGGCGUGCGUGAGGGGGUACCUGGCGAACGUGGACAGCAUGCACAAGGUGGUUCUGGAGGUGAAGUCUGAAACACAGUUGCGAAACCUGAGCAACAAGCUGCAGGAGGCGAAUGUGGACCACAAGCUGUGGGUAGAACAGCCUGAGAACUUCGCCACUUGCCUUGCCACAAGGCCCUACCCCAAACCCGAAAUUCAGCACCACUUCAAGAAACUUAAGCUGUGCAAGGGCUGA